AUGGACAAACGAAGUCUAACGGUGCUGAAUGAGUUCAUUCUGAUGGGAAUCACAGACCGUCCUGAGCUGCAGGCUCCAUUGUUUGGGCUGUUGCUCAUCAUCUACAUGAUCUCAUUGGUGGGCAACCUGGGCAUCAUCACCCUCACCAAGAUGGACUCCAAGCUACAAAAGCCCAUGUACUUUUUUCUCAGACACCUGGCUAUCACUGAUCUUGGUUACUCAACAACCGUGGGACCCAAAAUGUUGGCAAAUUUUGUUGUGGAUGAAAAUACAAUCUCCUACUAUUUUUGUGCUACACAGCUAGCUUUCUUUGUUAUGUUCAUAGCUAGUGAAUUUUUUAUUCUGUCAGCAAUGUCCUACGACCGCUAUGUGGCUAUCUGUAACCCUCUACACUACACAGUCAUCAUGUCACGAAGGAUGUGUUGGGUGCUGGUGACAAUCUCCUAUCUCUAUAACACAUUUGUUUCUCUUCUGGUCACCAUAAAGAUUUUUAAUUUAUCCUUCUGUGGCAAAAGUGUCAUCAGGCAUUUCUACUGUGAUACUCUCCCCUUAUUAUCUUUGCUUUGCUCAGACACACAUGAAAUCAAAUUGGUCAUUUUCAUCUUAUCUGUUUUGGAUCUGAUUUCAUCCCUUCUAAUAGUUCUUAUUUCUUACACACUCAUAAUUGUAUCCAUUAUCAAACUGAGCUCAGCUGAGGGCAGGCACAAGGCCUUCUUCACCUGUGGAUCCCACCUGACUGUGGUGGUAGUGUUCUAUGGGACUUUAAUCUUUAUGUAUCUGCAGCCCAAGCCCAGUCAUUCCUUUGACGCUGAUAAAGUGGCUUCCAUAUUUUACACUCUGGUGAUCCCCAUGUAG